AUGGCAUUGCAAGAGGUCACCAACGCGGUGAUUCGUCGCCUCCGGCUUUCCGAGCAGCCAUUGAACAAAAUCUGGACGCAACCAUGUCGUCGCUACGCGUCCWCGGAUGCCAACACCAACAACCAGGAGACGGCCCAGCUGGAAACAUCAUCCUUUGAGACCAUCUCCACCGACGGUGCAAGCUCGCGUGCCGGGCAAUACGAUCCCGCUGCAAAUGCACGCAAACGACAGAGGCAGCUGCCCAAGAGCAGAUACUCGUUCCGCCCUCCAAAGUACUACCGAGGACCUCUCCACCCUCACCAGCCGCCUCCUCCGUCCGAUCCAUCAUCCCGAGAGUUCGUUCCUGGUCCCUUUUCCGCUCCCCGUCUGGAGCAAACCUACGAAUCAACAUUUGCGCCCGAUCUCAUGACCAUGGCAUACGUACACCACCCACCAGGCUAUCGCGCACCAAUCAAGAGUGCGCGUCUACGAGAAUGGGUGGGAGACAACCCCUACUACAAGAAUCGUCCCCUACGCGGUCCGCGUGGUGGAGAGGUGCUCAGGCUGCUUCGUAAACCCAUUACGUUCCGCAAUGUACCCAGAUUGGACAAGAUCACGGUCCACUCGUUUGUCAAGGGCGCGAUCGAAGAUUCUUCCCAUUUACAUGUCGCUGGUAUGGUUCUGCAGGCCAUCACUGGUGUGCGUGCUACUGCGCAUCAGACGAGAAAGAGCGUGGCGGGUUUUGGCGUACGACAGGGUCAGUGGUUGUCUGUGACGUGCGAGCUCCAAGGAGAGACUAUGCACCAUUUCUUGAGUAAAGUGGUGGACGUCGUGCUGCCAAAGAUCAAGGACUGGAGGGGUGUCAAAGGCUCUACCGGUGAUUCGAGUGGAAACUUGGCCUUUGGAUUCAAGGCCGAGGAGACUUCUCUAUUUCCAGAGAUUGAGGUCAACUAUGACAUGCAAGUACCCACCCAAGAUGAUUCCUGGAUUCCACGUCAUGGUACACACCACUGCGACCACGGACCGUGA